AGUCUUCUCCCAUUCGUCUCUGGAAGCAGAAGGAGAAGCCUGGGUUUAUAACAUAUAUUAGGAAGGCAGCUGGGGCAACAUGAGCACCUUUUUGCAAUCUGUCGUGCAGUGGUUUUGGAGUUGCAGCACCUUGAGUAGGCUCGCGGUGGUCGACUUCGGGAUCCAGUGGGGCGGAUUCGUUGUGGCUGCACUGCUCAAAACGGAAAAGUUUUAUGACCUUACAGGUUCAAUCACAUACAUCCUCAUUGCCUAUUUGAAUUACAAAUGGAGUAAUUCAGGACAUCCUCGUCAACUUAUUCAGACAAGUUGUGUCGCCAUCUGGGCUCUCAGGUUGGGAGCCUUUCUCUUCACCCGCAUUGUAAAGGCCGGAAGGGACCGCAGAUUUGAUAAAACCCGAGCGAAUCCAUCCCGGUUCUUCUAUGCUUGGACCAUUCAAGGGGUGUGGGUCAUUGUCACAAUCCUGCCAAGCCUGUUAGCCGUUUUGUCACCCCGCCAGCGCCCCCUUAGCACAAGAGACUAUGCGGGUUGGGGCAUCUGGCUGGCAGGCUUCCUCAUUGAAGUAGUGGCUGAUUACCAGAAGACAGUCUGGAGAAACAAUCCAGCUAAUAAGGACAAGUUCAUCAACACUGGCCUCUGGUCCCUGUCUCGCCAUCCCAACUAUUUUGGAGAGAUCAUGCUCUGGUUUGGCCUCUAUGUCAGUGCCUCAUCUACCUUCUCAGGCUGGGAGUACCUCACAAUCUUGUGCCCGCUGAUGGACUACUUGCUCAUCACCCGUGUCUCUGGGAUCCCUAUGCUGGAGAGCUAUGCAAUGAAGAAGUGGGGCACAUCGCCUCAGUACAGGGCCUACUACAAGAACACCCCAGAGCUUAUUCCCUUUUUCAGAUAGGCUCCACCGUCUACAUUUUGUUUUGAUGGCUUCCAAUGCCUACUUGUUUUGAUGUGUCAUGAUUCUCACUCUUUGGGCAUUGACUACCACUUUGAUUAGCCUGUUUUGCAGGGAAAGAGAAGUUUUAUCAGUUAUCUUAGAAUGACUUCUGAUGGGCCAGUUUCUCAUGAUAUUAAAUAUUUUUGUGAAAAUUUUAUCACAACAAAAUUAAUGGUAUUAAUACACUAAUGGCACUCAUGGUUACAUUUAUUAGACAUCAUUUACUACCUCAUAUAACAACUGAAUUGUAUCCUAGGAUUGGUAUAUUAAACAUUUCUUUUAUUAAAUUUUUGCCUAGUUGGAUGAAGUGGGAAGUGUCAUGAGUUGGUACAUGAUGCAAUUCUUCUCUAUGCUUUCCCAGAUGAAUUCCAUUGUAUGAUUAAUGUGUAUAGAAAGUAAAUAAUGUACAGCAGUUUAUACUCAGGAAGUAGGAGGUGUAAGAAUUAAUUAAAAGCAAGAGAUAAAGGA